AUGGCGGGCGCUGGCCCAACUGCACCGCUGGAACUGUAUGCUAUUUUCUCCCAAGCGUCAACGGCCCACUCAGUGUCGCGCUACAUCACUGAAGCUGUUCCCACUUCAAAAUCACCACUCGCGAUCCAGCACGCAACCGACUGCCCACCAACACCAAAGCCAAGCUGGCACAAUGACCGCGUGAGAAGCUGGAUGAAUACCUUUAGCUACCGAUUUCGAAGUCUCUUGAGUUUAGUUGUUCGUCGGACCAUGUCAACCAGCUUUGGCGCCUCCAAUGGCGCCCUUCAGAACGGAUCUGCCACCAAUACCCAUACCAUUACUGCGCUGGGAAGAUGGUCCAUUCUCAACAAACAGCUUCCUCCCGUUGACGCCAUCAAGACCAUUCACGUGUACGACUUUGACAAUACGCUAUUCAAGACCCCCCUCCCAAACCCAAAGCUCUGGAAUGGGCAGACCCUCGGCAGUCUCGCAUCGCCCGAAGUCUUCAUCAAUGGCGGUUGGUGGCACGAUUCGCGCAUUCUGGCAGCAACUGGCGAUGGUGUCGAGCGAGAGGAACAACGAGCCUGGGACGGAUGGUGGAAUGAAAAGGUCGUUGAGCUGGUCAAGCUCAGCAUGGAACAAAAGGAUGCCUUGGCCGUCAUGCUGACUGGAAGAUCCGAGCGAGGUUUCUCAGACCUGUUGAAGCGCAUAGUGGCGAGCAAGGGACUGGACUUUGACAUGAUUGGACUCAAGCCUGCCGUCGGACCAGGCAACGAGCGAUUCUCGAGCACCAUGCACUUUAAGCAAAUCUUUCUAGAAUCGCUCAUGGAAACGUACAAGCAUGCUGCCGAGAUCCGCGUGUACGAAGAUCGCGUCAAGCAUGUCUCGGGCUUCCGCAACUUCUUCAGCGACUACAAUAAGCGGCAAGAAAGCUAUGGAGGACAAAAAACUCGAGGGCCCAUUACAGCCGAGGUGAUUCAAGUCGCCGAGAUCUCCACGUUCCUGGACCCGGUCGUCGAGGUUGCCGAAAUCCAGCAUCUGAUCAACAGCCACAAUGCGCUCCUACGCCAGCAGCCGCCGCGACGUGGUGGUCGACCGCAAGGGCCGCUGGUCAUCAAGAAGACCGUUUUCUUCACGAGCUACAUGAUUGGCAAGGAGGACACGAAGAAGUUGUUGAAAUUGUCAAACUUCCCAACGGGCAACGAAAUCAAGGUUCAUGGCAACAACAUCAUGAUCUGUCCCAGGCCGUGCCCACACACCAUACUGGAAAAGGUUGGGGGAAUGGGCGCCAAGAUGAAGUGGAAGGUAACAGGCACUGGCUGUUUCGAGAACAGCAUCUGGGCCGCAGCCGUGGAGCCGGUUCCUAUGAGCGCCACCUACCACACUGACAAUCCCAGCCCUCUUGUUGUCCUCGCCAUCAGAAAGGGUGCCCGACCCAUGGAUGCCGGUAAAAUCCAGAAUUGGCAACCCGUGUCUCCAGACAAGGCAUACAUUUUGGAUACAGUUGUUGGAGAAAAGGUUCUGCUCCGCAUCGAGCCCGAGGAUCCCAACGAGAACGCAUACGAGAGUUUGUUUGCCAACAAGACGUCCAAGCGUAAGCACACUGGUGACGAUCAUGACGGCCAGCACCGUCCUCGUGACAGCAGCGGCGGCUUCGCCAAUAGUCGAGGAGACCGCAGUUUUCAUGGCGGUCGCGGAGGCCCUCAGCAUCAGGGCCGUAGCGGCUCUCACCGCGGCAAUGCCAAUCACACAUCAAAUCGAGGCUACCGGACUGGACCCCGGGGUGGUCACAAGAAUAGCGGCCGUGGUGGACGAGGUGGUGGCCACAAUUAUCGCUCCCUAGACGAUGUUGGUAGUCGCAACCAGCAGUCAUACAAUGGACCAGACUUGGGUGUCUCGUAUGAUGACAAUUUCCCAUCGCUGCCGACCGGACCUUCUGGCUUCCAAGCGAGCCACCCUCAUGCCUCGACUGGCCCAUACAAUUCAUUCUCUUCAAGCAACACACAGCAAGGUACAUCUGGACGAUCAGCUGGCACACAUGGCAACGGUCCAGUGGACAUACAAAAUCUUUAUUAG